AUGCUAUGGACCUGGAGCGUUUGGAGACACUGGCCUGUGGCGCUAUCCCAGAUCUUAAUAGUGCGAUCAUGGGACCCUGAUGCUAGCUUCCUUCGUGCUAGCGCUCGAGAAGGCUACCGACCGGACGGUGUCUUUAUGGCCCUCAAGCGUCUGAAGACACCGGCCCGUGGUGCUGUCCCAUACCUUAAUGGUAUUAUCAUCCGACGCUGA